GCGAUGUGGCCCUCGACCGUUGAGCGAUUCAAAUUGCUUCACUGCACUGUGCCGAGAUGCUGUCGCGAAUAGUGGCACGCGGCCUGGCGCCAGAUGAGCAGCAUUUGGUUUCGCUGACUUAUGGCCUGAUUAUUGCCAUGGCAGGUCUGUCCUUGAUUGUCUGUGGACUUAGACUCUAUGCAAGAGCGGUGGUUCUGAAGAAGUUUGGACUGGACGACUGGGCUGUCAUAUUUGCGCUGGUCCUCACUCAGGUCUUUAAUGGCUUGGGUAUUGCCGUUGUUCACUCUGGAAGUGGGCGGCAUCAGGAAACUCUCUCAAUGAGCGAACUUGGGCUAUGGAUGAAGUUAUACUAUGUGGCAACAUGCUAUUAUCUGUACGUCUCGAUGGCCGUCAAAAUAAGCCUGUUGCUGUUUUUACGUCGGGUGUUUCCCAUUUCAUGGGUCAACCGAUUGACACUCGGCGUGAUGAUAUUUCAAGUCUGCUUUACCGUAUCUGGAUCAUUGGUUUUGGCCUUCCGAUGCUCACCAGCAAGGGGCGCAUAUGACUUAGCUAUCGCGGCUACUGCCAAAUGCCUUACUACAUUCCAACUAUACCAGGUCACACUGUACCAGGCAGUGUUGAUCUUCGUAACCGACAUCAUCAUCCUACUCAUCCCAAUGCCGGUUCUGUGUGGUCUGCAGAUGCCAACACGAAAGAUCGUCGCGUUGAUGUUUGUCUUCAGCACUGGUAUUAUUGCCUGUAUCUCGCCCAUUGUGCGGUUCAGUACGUUGGGAUAUCUGUUGCAUGGUGCGACAGAUACUACUUUCGACUCAACAUCCUCGCUAUACUGGAUGGCAAUCGAAUUCAACCUUGGCCUCGUCGCAGGCUCGCUAUCUUCACUCCGUGUUUUGCCCUGCUUUCGUCAAUUCGGCUCAUCAGCCAGCCGUAACUAUGGCUCCAGCGGUGUACCACCCGGAUUCUACCCGAUGGACAAUAUGAAAGAUGGAAACGACCGUGGUAGCCGCAAGAAAGGCAGUCUCGGUAUGGGCACGACCAUUCUACAGGAAACGCGCAACGAAAGCCAGGAGCGAAUUGUCAUCAAGGCGAAAGGGGAGAACCAUAGCAGUGCGCCUGAGUCCAUGGGUGGAAAUAGUUUCUGAUUUCUUUUCCGUUUGUUGUCUUCCACGAAUUCAUUCUUUAUUAUAUGAUAGAAAUGCGGAUCUGCACUCAUUUUGAGGUCUAAAUGCCAAGCUCAUCCUUAGCAGUGUCGAUCCCGGCACUUAUGAGAUGUACUUUUGUUUAAAGC